AUGUCUCGCAAUCGCCCUCGGCCUCGCGACAACGGACUCGGAAACAACGAGGAGAUGGAGCUGUGGACUCGCAUAUGCCAGGAUAUCCGCAAGUCCAAAGAGAAGUUUGACCAGCAGGCAUCCCUCUCCGUGCAGAUCAAAACUCUGGUAGAUAGGAUCACCCGUGAUGGCAAACCUACCAUGGCAGACCAUGAUCAGCUCGAUACAUGGCUGCGCCAAAGCCAGAAGCUCAGCGAAGAGGAGCGGUCAAUCAUGCAGGACGAGCCUUGCGACGUGAUCAAGAACCUCGAACUCCUCACCGCACUCCGCAAAGCGUCCGAAGCCGAGGCCCCCGGCGGUCGCUCAAAUGCUCUCUCCAAGUCUCGCAAGAAAAGGUCCGAUAUGGAUAGCUCUGCUGCCGAUUCUCCAAGUGCUUCAGGUGCCGACAAGUCCAGCCGCUCCAAGGGCGGGGUUCCGCGCAGCGCGAGUGUGUCAAGCACACAAGCACGCGAGAGCCGCGGAGAGGCUGUGGCGGUCAAGAUCGAAGAAGGAACCGAGGGUACCAAGGGAACUGUGGCUGAGCGCAGUGGGAUUCUUCAGGUCGGGGCACAGGUCGUCUUCAAACACAACAAGAACAAGCAGGGCGUGGAAGGAGAGGGCAUUCAGUGUAUCAUCAAGAACAUAUCUGGCGACGGACAUAAGAAAAGGUGGUACGAGGUCCAAGACCCCGAACCGAAUGAGAAUGGCGAAGAAGGCGCUGUUUACAAGACUACGGCUGCGUCUCUCAUUCCUAUCCCGCAGAUGGGCUCCUCGAUGUCUGCGUUUCCAGUCGGCAAACAAGUUCUUGCCAGGUACCCCGACACCACCACCUUCUAUCGUGCGGAGGUGAUGGGAGCGAAGAAGGAAGCUUAUCGUCUCAGGUUCGAGGGUGAGGAGGAUGAUAAGGAGAUGGAAGUUGACCGCCGCUACGUCUUGGACAUUCCAAACAAGUAG